AUGGGACACAUCUCGCAUAAUUAUCAAUAUGAUAAGGAUGUUUUAGUACGUUGCUAUGCUGGAUAUCCACGGUUUGAUUUCAUACUUGGAUAUAUUUUCUUUCAAGUAUCCAUAAGUGACUUCGUUACACAUGACACGGGCAAUGCAAAGAUUGAUCUCUCCUUAAAACGGGAUAAUAGUGGUAAAAAUCAGAUAGAAAACUACCUGGAUGAGGCAUUUGGUAAUACUCAUAAGGCUUAUAUCGUUGAAACGACAAAAUACAAUCAAGAACAUUGCUAA